GCUGUGGGGCCGCGGAACCGCGCGUCGCUGUCUCUAUGGCCCUGGAUCCCAGCGCAAAGUCUGGGCCUCCCCAGGAAGAUGUGGGGGAGGCUGUGGCCCCUCCUCCUGAGCAUUCUCACAGCAACUGCAGUCCCAGGACCCUCACUGCGGAGACCAUCUAGAGAACUAGAUGCCACCCCUCGGAUGACCAUACCCUAUGAAGAGCUCUCUGGGACCCGGCACUUCGAGGGCCAAGCCCAGAACUACUCAACACUGCUCCUGGAGGAGGCCUCAGCAAGGCUGCUGGUGGGAGCCCGAGGUGCCCUGUUCUCUCUCAGUGCCAACGACAUAGGAGAUGGGGCUCACAAAGAGAUCCACUGGGAAGCCUCCCCAGAGAUGCAAAGCAAAUGUCAUCAAAAAGGGAAAAACAACCAGACAGAGUGCUUUAACCAUGUGCGGUUCCUGCAGCGGCUCAAUUCCACCCACCUCUAUGCGUGUGGGACUCACGCCUUCCAGCCCCUCUGUGCAGCAAUUGAUGCUGAGGCCUUCACCUUGCCAACCAGCUUUGAGGAGGGGAAGGAGAAGUGUCCUUACGACCCAGCCCGUGGCUUCACAGGCCUCAUCAUUGAUGGAGGCCUCUACACAGCCACUCGGUAUGAAUUCCGGAGCAUUCCCGACAUCCGUCGGAGCCGCCACCCACACUCCCUGAGAACUGAGGAGACACCAAUGCAUUGGCUCAAUGAUGCUGAGUUUGUGUUCUCCGUCCUCGUGCGGGAGAGCAAGGCCAGUGCAGUGGGUGACGACGACAAGGUAUACUACUUCUUCACGGAGCGUGCCACUGAGGAGGGCUCUGGCAGCUUCACUCAGAGCCGCAGCAGUCACCGUGUGGCCCGUGUCGCUCGUGUCUGCAAGGGAGACCUGGGAGGGAAGAAGAUCCUGCAGAAGAAGUGGACAUCCUUCCUGAAAGCCCGUCUCAUCUGCCACAUUCCACUGUAUGAGACACUGCGUGGGGUCUGCAGCCUGGAUGCUGAAACCUCAAGCCGUACACACUUCUAUGCAGCCUUCACGCUGAGCACACAGUGGAAGACCCUGGAGGCCUCAGCCAUCUGCCGCUAUGACCUGGCAGAGAUCCAGGCUGUCUUUGCAGGACCCUAUAUGGAAUACCAGGAUGGUUCCCGGCGCUGGGGUCGCUAUGAGGGUGGGGUGCCUGAGCCCCGGCCUGGCUCGUGUAUCACAGAUUCGUUGCGCAGCCAAGGCUACAAUUCAUCCCAAGACUUGCCAUCCCUGGUCCUGGACUUUGUAAAGUUGCACCCACUGAUGGCUCGGCCUGUUGUGCCCACACGUGGACGGCCCCUGCUGCUCAAGCGCAAUGUACGCUACACACACCUUACAGGGACACCUGUCACCACGCCUGCUGGACCCACCUAUGACCUGCUCUUUCUGGGCACAGCUGAUGGCUGGAUCCACAAGGCCGUAGUCCUGGGCUCUGGGAUGCACAUUAUUGAAGAGACACAAGUGUUCAGGGAGCCCCAGUCUGUGGAAAAUCUAGUCAUCUCUCUAAUGCAGCACAGCCUCUAUGUGGGGGCUCCUAGCGGAGUCAUCCAGCUACCACUCUCCAGCUGCUCCCGCUACCGAUCCUGCUAUGACUGCAUCUUGGCCCGAGACCCCUACUGUGGCUGGGACCCCGGCACCCAUGCCUGCAGGGCAGCCACCACCAUAGCCAACAGGUCCCAGGGAAGCAGGACAGCACUGAUACAGGACAUAGAGAGAGGAAAUCGAGGCUGUGAGAGCAGCAGGGAUACAGGGCCACCACCACCACUGAAGACCCGCUCUGUGCUCCGGGGUGAUGAUGUCCUCCUGCCCUGUGACCAGCCAUCCAACCUGGCCCGGGCCUUGUGGCUACUCAAUGGAAGCAUGGGCCUGAGCGAUGGACAGGGUGGCUACCGUGUGGGCGUGGAUGGGCUGCUGGUGACAGAUGCACAGCCUGAGCACAGUGGCAACUAUGGCUGCUAUGCUGAGGAAAAUGGCCUCCGCACCCUGCUGGCCUCCUAUAGCCUCGUGGUCCGGCCAGCCACUCCUGCCCCAGCUCCGAAAGCCCCUGACACACCUGGGGCACAGCUGGCACCUGAUGUCAGACUGCUCUAUGUGCUAGCCAUUGCCGCACUUGGUGGCCUCUGUCUCAUCCUGGCCUCCUCCCUCCUCUAUGUGGCCUGUCUGCGGGAAGGCAGACGAGGGCGCCGACGGAAAUACUCACUGGGUCGGGCCAGCCGGGCAGGAGGAUCUGCCGUGCAACUGCAGACAGUCUCAGGCCAGUGUCCUGGAGAGGAAGAUGAGGGCGAUGAGGAGGAGGGGGCUGGAGGCCUGGAGGGCAGCUGUCUCCAGAUCAUCCCUGGGGAGGGAGCCCCACCUCCUGUCCAUGCCCCACCACCCCCACCGCCCCCACUGCCACCGGCUGAGCUGACCAAUGGCCUGGUGGCACUGCCCAGCCGGCUGCGAAGGAUGAAUGGCAAUAGCUAUGUGCUUCUGAGGCAGAGCAACAAUGGAGUACCAGCAGGGCCCUGCUCCUUCGCUGAGGAACUCAGCCGCAUCCUGGAGAAAAGGAAGCACACGCAGCUCGUGGAGCAGCUAGAUGAGAGCUCUGUCUGAGCCCAGCCUCCCAGAACAAAUGCUCUUCCAAGCCAGCCUGUCUGUCCCAGGCUGGGCCACUGCCUCCCUAACACAGCCACCCUACCUUCAUUCCCCCCACUCUAUGCCCUUUUCCCAACUUUUUGACGUCCCUGUAGGGCUGGCCAGUCAGGGCCAGCCAAAGCCCCCUCCUCAGUCUCCACAGACCCACAUGUGAGCAGCCCAGGCCCAUCGGUGCUCCUCAGAGGCAGGGCUCUGCAGGUCCAUAUGGGCUCAAUGUCACCACCCUCUGCAUGGCCCUGUGUGCUGGAUGGUCCUGAAACCAGACAAGACCUCUGCCAGCCACCUAAGCCCUGCGUACAUUCACAUGCACACGUGGAAGAAUGUUUAUCGGCUGGGCUGCAGUGCCCCUACCCUCACCUUCUCCUGGUGCAUUCUUGUUUCAUCCCUGCUUCUGGACUUGGGGUACCCUCCCAAAUGCCACAUCCUAUCUGGUCCUCUUCCCCAGCCCCAUGUGGUGACCUCUUUGUCAAGAGCUUGGGAAUGGGCCAGCCUGGGGAGGAAAGACUGCAUCACUCCCCUCCUCUCCCUUCCUGUGUGGCCCUUGUGAAUCAGCCUCCCCACUCUCCUUGGUCAUUCUCAAGAGUAUCAGAGACAGAGCUCCAGGCAUGUCCUAUCCCCAUGCACAUGUGGCAACACACACCUGUAUCACACAUGUGCUUACAUUUCCACUCACAUGCACCUCUGAGCCUCCCCUUGCUGCCUUGGACCUGUGUCUGUUGGGUUUGGUCCGUGGACAUUUCAGAGGGAGAUCCCCCUCCCGUUUAGCUGUCCUCACAGGCCCUUCCUUAGGAUGGAUGACCAACACUGCACUCAAUGAGCCAGCCUCUCUUUUGGGGGAACCAAGCAUUCGCUUCCCCUAGACUACAGCAGGGAAAGGGAGGAGAAAUCUGAUGUCUCAAUUGGCAUAUGAAGCCCGUUCUUGGAACUAUGCAAAGGGCAGUGGCUGGGAGUUUGGAUGCUUAGCUCCUACCCCUGUCCUACCUCACCGGGGCACUUUCAGGGUCCAGGGACCUCUGAAGUCUCUAGGCCUAUAUGGGACAAUCAAUUCUGACUGAGCUCCCCCAUUCCCCUCGGGUGAGGAUGACUGUUAUUUUUGUAGCUGAGAACGUGGAAUCCCACGAGUUUUUACUGCCCUCCACCCAAACUCUCCCACCUCCACCCCACAAUGAAUGUAUUUAUUGUGAGAAUGGCUAUACUUCUUUAGGAAUGCCCCCACUUACCACCAGGUGGGUGGAACAGGCAUGUGACAGAGUGGGGAGCCUGGGCUCAGCUCCUCCCCCUGCCGUUGGUUAAUAAACACCCUCUUUCCCCACA